AUGACCCAAAUCAUAAGUGGACAUCAUAAACCAACCGUAAAAGAAAAUUCGGAACGAGACAAAAAAAAUAACAGAAUUUUUAGAGGAAAUCCUAAUUAUGUCAAUUUUCUUAAUCGAGAGGUUAAGGAAUUCUUCCAAAACAAAUUAAUAAACACUUAUGAUGAGAAACCAUAUUUUCAGGAGUCUAAGAUAAAUAACAGGGGAAUGGUUUUAUAUAAAAGAGAUGAGGGUUUUGCAAAUGGUGGCGGGACAAUUUGGACUAAUAACCAGAAAGAAGUAUUUUUCAAUUGUCUUGCAAGGUACUCUAUUCAUCAAAUUGAUGCAAUCUGCGAUAACCUACCUGACAAGUCAACUAUUGAAAUAAUGAAUUAUUACAAUUGUCUUGCGCAUGAAUUGAAAAGUUUAAAAGGUCAAGUAGUAAAGAGGCGGAAAUAUCAUAAAGUCAAAAUAGUCAAAAACAAACAAGAAGUCGAAUAUAGGUAUAAAAGUUUACCUAAUCGAAAAAACUUAAUUAAAUAUGAGAAUAUACCGGCAGCAUACGAAAUGAGUGAAAAAUUUAUAAAGAUGGAGGAAAUACAGGCUGAAAUGAUAAGUCAAAGAGAAAGGAGCAAGACUAAUGAUGAAAAUCAAAGAUUUAAGCGCCAGUUUAAUGAGUAUACUAUGAAUAAGAGACAAAAGAAGAAUAUAAAAGAAAGUGAUAUACCCGAGAAUCAAGCAAUAGAGAUCGAAGAAGCCGAAAAUGAUAAAACAGGAUUGAUAAAUUAUGAUACUGCCUUUGAGCUUAGUAGAAGCUUAUAUCUGAAUAAUAAAAUCACACCAUUGCACAAUAGUAAAUUAGUCCCAAAAAUGCAUUACAAGUCACUUGUAUUAUUUGAUCAGAUAGCUAGACUUACUACGGAGAAGAUUUUAUUGAAGAUUAUUGAACAUAAAAUAGUCCUGCUUUGGUUAAAUCAACGACAAAUACCAUUUGAAGACGAUGCUAUACCGCUUAAAAUAGCACAUGGAGAUAUAUAUCGAGCGAUUAAUAACCUUAAUCUUUUUGAAAUACCGAGAAGUGGCUACCAAUCCGUUAAACAAGCAGAAGGUAGGUCCAUGAGAAUUAAUGACUACUUUUCACAAUUACCCGAAAGAUUGAACGUUGAAAUAAGAGACAGUAUAGAUAGUAAGGAGAAAUUUAGCUUGUCUAAUGAGUCCUACAAAAAAAUGAUCCUUAAUGAUACAGAUAGGGUAUAUGGUGAGAGAUUCAAACCUGAGUUCUUUAAUAAUGAAUUCACUUCGAUUGAUAAUCUAAAUCAAAAGGAGAGGGAGCCUAAAAAUACCGAUCCAAUUUCAAUCCCCCAUAUAUCUUCUCUACCGAAUAGUAACCCCACAAUUAUCAACGAGAUCAGACUAACGCAUCAUAAGAACACUAAUGAAUUAGAAGAACAAAUAGAACUGGAACUAGUCAGACUAGAACUGCAAAACUUAGAUGAGCAUGAUUUACAUAAAUCUAAUAUUUAUGAGCAUUCAUUAUUUACAUAUUUCACUCUGUACAAUAAAGAUGAUGAGAGUGUUAAAGAUUCAAUGUAUAAUAAAGAUGAAGCCGAAGCCAUACUAGCACAAAAGGAAGAUUUAGAAACUGAUUUGGAUUCACCAUACGACCAAGAAACUAAUGAAGACGUCAAAAAUUUUAAUACUAAUGAUAUAGACUUGCAUGUUGAAGAAGAGGGGGAAAACGAAGGCGAAGAAAAAGAGAAGGAGAACAAUGACGAAGAACAAUCCGAACCCACCAUAAUGAUUACAAAGUCAUUGUUUCAUAAUUUUAAUUAUAAUUUUGCGAACUAUAAUGAUUCUGAAUGA